AUGGCGAAAACGACCAUACCGUCGGCCCUCAAGUUUGAGCUUACAGCCCGCUGCUCUACCACAAGAGCCCGAGCCUCGAUCCUACAGCUCCCCCACGGCACGGUCCAGACGCCGCUGUUCAUGCCUGUCGCAACCCAGGGCUCGCUGAAGGGCCUGACCCCGGAGCAGCUAGAAGCUACGGGAUGCCGCCUCUGCCUAAACAACACCUACCACCUCGGCCUCCGUCCCGGGCAGGAGGUGCUCGACACCAUCAAGGGUGCGCACGCGCUGCAGUCAUGGCCCCAUAACAUCCUCACCGACAGCGGCGGGUUCCAAAUGGUGUCUCUCCUCGACCUGGCCACCGUCACCGAGCGCGGCGUCGACAUCGGCUCCGACAUCAUCAUGCAGCUCGACGACGUGAUCGCCACGACGUCGGCCGACACUGAGCGUAUGCGCGAGGCCAUGCUGCGGUCUGUGCGCUGGUUGGAUAGGUGUAUUGAGGAGCACUCGAAGCCGGAUCCAAUGGCGGCCGUAGAGGGACAGACGUAUGCGAGUAGGCAGAACCUGUUCUGUAUCAUACAGGGAGGGCUGGAUCUGGAGAUGAGGAGGGAGUGUUGUGAGGAGAUGGUGAAGAGGGGGACGCCGGGGAUUGCGAUUGGUGGAUUGAGUGGUGGGGAGGAGAAGGAGAGUUAUUGUAAAGUGGUGAAGGCGUGUACGGAGAUGCUGCCGGAGGGGAAGCCGAGAUAUGUCAUGGGCGUGGGAUAUCCGGAGGACCUGAUAGUCUCCGUCGCACUGGGUGCCGACAUGUUUGACUGCGUCUGGGGCACCCGCACAGCUCGCUUCGGCAACGCCAUAACCUCCUCCGGCGUCCUCAACCUCCGCUCCUCAACCUACGCCACCGACUUCACCCCCAUCGACCCGCACUGCCAAUGCCCCGUCUGCCGCCCGCUCGACUCGCCCGCGCCCCCGCUCCUCAACUCAUCCAUCUGCCCGCCCUCAUACGCAUCCGAGGGCGAAACAUACACAGCCAAGGGCAUGGGAAUCACAAAGGCAUACAUCCACCACCUUGUGGCGAAGGAGACGGUGGGCGCGCAUCUGCUCACGAUGCAUAAUGUGGCGUGGCUGCUGGCGCUGAUGGCCCGCGCGAGGGAGGCGGUGGUGGAGGACCGGUUUCCGGCGUUUGUGAAGGGGUUUUUUGAGGAGUGGUAUCAGGGUGAUAGGGGGCGGUAUCCGGGCUGGGCGGUGGAGGCGUUGAGGGGGGUGGGGGUGGAUUUGUUGGAGUAG